AUGAUGACUUGUAACUACGGGACAAUUGAUAGAAGUCUUGACGGAUCUUACACUGGAACGCUGAGAAAAGCAGAGCGACGUGCUCAGACACCACCACAUUCCAUGCAUUCGCUCCCACGAGCAAUAUCACGGUACUCGCAUCAGAUUGGCUCUUUGGACGACCUGCCACUGUCAUUACCUGCUCUUUCACCAAAUCUGAAUUCUGGGAGAAAAUCCAGCCAAGCUGAGUCUAGUGCCGCAAUUCAGCACUACGUUGAGAGGCUAGCAGAAGAUGAGAGUACCGUUUUCGGCGCGACGCUGAGGCGAUUCAUUGAGUGUACUGUUCAAAGCGAAGAAGCGGACCCCAGUGUGGUUGUGCGAAAUGUUCGGCAAUUCAUCAACGGCAUCAAGAAUUACCUUGUCAAGCAUGGAGAAGGUGAUCUUCACGGUCUCAUCGAUCAGGAAAGCUCUCAUCUCAAUGCGAAUCAGAUCCUCAAUAUCGACGCUAUACUUGAAGCUGUACUGCACAAACUACUGCUCAAGCGCGUGAAACCUCAUCUUUAUCAUGUGAUGGUGAAGGACCAUUCAAGGGCAGGUGGUUUACAAGCGUUGUCUGCCAACAUCGCCUACGUACGGACCCUGAGCCUAGCUGAACUAGGGUUUGCUGAUGCUGAUCAGCUGGUCACGCCGUCAGCAUCAGUAAUGGAGCAAAUCAAAAACUGCUUGAGAAAAAUGCAACAUCAUUACUCGCCGUUGAAAAAGCUUGAAAAUCUUCUCAGAGCCAUAAGCAUCGUCUUGGGAAUACAAACGAAAGAUGACGAGAAGGACAACCAGAAGAUUAUAGCGGCCGAUGAUCUGGUCAGAUGGUUGGUUUACAUCCUUGCACGAUCGUCGACUGUUGGAUGUGAGGUUGAAGCGUGGUACAUGUGGGAAUUACUCCCUCAACAAAUGAUCACCAAGGGCGAUGCUGCCUAUUACUUAACGGCGCUAUUCUCGGCCAUUCAUAUACUGAAGAGUAUCGAUGCUAUCAAGAAAUUGGCCGAAAAGGAUGAAGACAUGGUGGCUAGUAUGGAUCUUUCCCGUCAGUUCUGCUCACCUUCGCCUUCAUGCGCAUCUGACGCCUUCGUCAAAGUGGCUAUACCGGACGAGGUAGCCGGUUGUAUAAGAUGGUUGGUUUACAUCCUUGCACGAUCGUCGACUGUUGGAUGUGAGGUUGAAGCGUGGUACAUGUGGGAAUUACUCCCUCAACAAAUGAUCACCAAGGGCGAUGCUGCCUAUUACUUAACGGCGCUAUUCUCGGCCAUUCAUAUACUGAAGAGUAUCGAUGCUAUCAAGAAAUUGGCCGAAAAGGAUGAAGACAUGGUGGCUAGUAUGGAUCUUUCCCGUCAGUUCUGCUCACCUUCGCCUUCAUGCGCAUCUGACGCCUUCGUCAAAGUGGCUAUACCGGACGAGGUAGCCGGUUGUAUAAGAUAUGCGACAUUUCCUGGUGUACCACAGAUGACGACGGGCAAACUGUGUCGUGUGAUUGCUCAUCAGCAAGGGAUUACGAAUCCUGAAGACCAUGGAUUAUACUUGAUAGUAAAUGGCUACGAGUCAUGCCUUUUGCCGCACGAAUGUCCUGACGCGAUCCGUGACAAUUUGCGAGGCACUGGAAAACCGCAUCUGUUCGCCUAUAAGCGCCACGAUGCGAAGAUCGGCUGGCCACGUCAAGUGAUGUCCACGCCCGGUUAG